GGAAGGGACGUGAACAAUACGACUGCUCCACCAUGCGCAACUCACCUCACAAACCGCUCCUGCCCUCGUCGUUCCUUCAACUUGAGUACAGACACCGGAAAAGAGCGCUUGUUUUCUUUCUCAGCUCCGCCCACUUCCGCAGAACAGUAAGAACCGGAAAUUCUGCUGCCCCUAGUCUCGGAGGUGCCUCGCCCCGCUUGAGUACACAAAAUAUGAGGGGCCAUCCUUCCGUGCUGCUGCUCUGUAUGGGAUUGACCACCUGUAUGGAUACCUCGCCCAAUGGGGAGCAAGACCAAGUUCCUGAGGUAUUCUUGGGCCCCUCGGAGGCCCAGAGCUUCCUGGGAAGCCGAAGGCGGACUCCUAGGGCCAACCACUGGGACCUGGAGCUACUGACCCCCGGGAACCUGGAACGGGAGUGUCGGGAGGAGAGGUGCUCCUGGGAGGAGGCCCGGGAGUACUUUGAGGAUAACACAAUGACGGAGCGGUUCUGGGAAAGCUACAUCUACAAUGGCAAGGGUGGGCGUGGACGUGUGGAUGUAGCCGGUCUGGCGGUAGGACUGACCUCUGGUAUCCUGCUCAUUGUGUUGGCUGGCUUAGGAGCCUUUUGGUAUCUUCACUACAGACGGCGCCAAGUCCGAAGCCAGGAGCCCUGUCUGCAAGAGACCGGGCUCCUCAGUCCACUGAGUCCCCCGACGCCCCUGCCUCCACCCCUACCUCCAGGACUCCCCACCUACGAGCAGGCACUAGCAGCCUCUGGAGUACACGAUGCCCCUCCACCCCCUUACUCCAGCUUGGUCUAUGGCAGCUCCCGGACCUCACACCCAGAAACCGACAUCUUGCAUCGCCAGGCCUACGCGGCCCCCCACCCACUGCAAAGCUAUGCCACCAACCACCACCCGGCAGGCCUUUCUGGACUUUUCGAUACUGGCCUCCAUCACGCGGGCUCCGCAGGGCCCGACGCCUCCGUCAUGAACCUCAUCUCGGCCCUGGAGUCCCGGGGCCCCCAGCCCGGCCCCUCCGCUUCCUCUCUCCUUUCCCAGUUUCGCAGUCCCUCCUGGCAAACAGCUAUGCAUACACCAGGCCCCACGGAGCUCUUCAUCUCUGGCGCCCUUCCGGCUUCCAGCACCUUCCCAUCCUCCUCUGCCCUGUCUGCCUACCAGCACCCGGCUUCCUUCGGCAGCCGCCCCUUUCCGGUGCCCUCCUCUCUCAGCCUCCAGGAUCCCCCAUUCAGUCCUCCUGCUAAUGGGCUCCUAUCCCCCCAUGAUGUACUCCAUUUAAAGCCUUCCCAGGCACCCACAGUGCCCUCCUCCUUGGGUUUUGAGCGCCUGGCAGGUGGUGGUGUCCUGGGGCCUGCUGGCCUUGGCCCUGCUCAGACCCCCCCUUAUCGCCCUGGCCCCCCAGAUCCACCCCCACCUCCCCGCCACCUCCCAACUCAGUUCAAUCUGUUGGCUUCUUCUUCUGCUGCUGCAGCCGCUGCGGCUGAACCAUCUUCCCCUCAGCUCUACAAUUUCUCGGGUGCUGCCCCUGGUCCCCCUCCUGAGCGAGCUCUGCCCCGGCAGGAUACUGUCAUCAAACACUACCAGCGGCCAGCCAGUGCCCAGCCCCCACCCCCACCCCCACCAGCCCAUACCCUUCAGCAUUAUCUGAGCUGUGGAGGCAGCUACCCCUCCAUGGGCCACCGGGCCAACUUGGCCUGCAGCCCCUUGGGUGGUGGGGAGCCCUCUCCAGGCGCUGGUGAACCUAGCAAGGCUGGACCCAGUGGAGCCACUGCUGGUGCAACUGGCCGGGCAGCAGGUCCUGAGACCACUGGUGGCGCUGGGGCUGGGGCUGGUGGUGGUGGGUAUAGACCCAUCAUCCAGUCACCUGGUUACAAGACGGGCAAGGGUGGUUAUGGACCAGCUGCAGGGGGUGCUACCAGGCCCCCACCCUCCCGCUCCACAGCCACUCCCAAGUGUCAGAGCCUGGGUGGGCCAGCAGGAGCAUAUGCCCCCGGGAAAGCCUCUGGGGCUGGGGCAGCUGGUAGCCAGGCCUAUUCUCCUGGUCAGCCCCAAGGUCUUCUGGGACCCCAAGCCUAUGGCCAAGGAUUUGGAGGGGGUCAAGCACAGGACUUAAGCAAAGGCCCCAGUUACUCUGGGGGUCCCCCUCAGCCCCCCAGUGGUCCCCCACCACCUGGCCUGGCUACAUGUCAGAGUUACUCACCAGACCAGCUCCAGGGACAGUUAUAUGGGGUACAAGGUGAGCCAUACCCAGGGCCAUCUGCCCAUUCACAAGGGCUUCCCACAGCCAGCCCCUCACUCAGUUAUAGUACUGGCCAUUCCCCAGCACUCUCAGGCCAUGGAGGUGGCUGGGGACCCAGCUCCCUGGGAGGUGGUGGGGAAGCCAGCCCAUCCCAUAUCAUCCGGCCACUCCAGUCUCCACCAGCCACUGGGCGUCCACCUGGUGUCGGCUCCCCAGGAGCCCCUGGCAAGUACUUAAGCUCAGUUUUAGCGUCCGCCCCAUUCCUGGCACCCCCUGGAGCCAGCAGCUAUGCAGCUGGAGCAGGUGGCUACAAGGGGAAGGGAGAUGGCUCUGAGCUGCUGGCUGGCCCCGGUGGAACACCAGCCGAGCGUACCGAGGAUGAGGAGUUCCUGAUACAACAUCUGCUGCAGGCACCUAGCCCACCUCGGACCUCAGGGGCAGAUGGCUUGGUGGGCGAGGAUGGGGCAACUGAUGCCUCCAAGGGACUCGGAGGGAGUGGUGGGGCUGGGGGCCCACCCGGCACACCCUAUGAGUUGGCCAAGGAAGAUCCCCAGAGGUACCACCUACAGAGUGUCAUCCGAACCAGCUCCAGCCUGGAUGAGGGUGCCACGGCUGCUCUGGAGCUGGGCCUGGGGAGGCUGAAGGAGAAGAAGAAAGGGCCAGAGAGGGGUGGUGAGACCCCUGAGGGGCUGGCCACCUCAGUUGUUCACUAUGGAGCUGGCGCCAAGGAGUUGGGCGCUUUCUUGCAGAAGAGUCCACCACCACCUCCUCCCACAGCCCAGUCUACCCAACCUACACCCCACAGCCUCCUAAUGGAGGCUGGAGGCCCUGACCUCCCGCUGGUGCUGCCUCCACCUCCCCCCCAGCUGCUCCCCUCUGUCCUCAGCCAUGCCCCCAGUCCCUCUCCCAGCGCCUCCAAAGUUGGCGUUCACCUCCUCGAGACAGCCACCCGGGAUGGGGCACCCCAGCCACCUCCGCCUCCACCCCCACCCCCACCAAUGCCACUACAGCUUGAGGCCCAUCUUCGAAGUCACGGCCUGGAGCCUGCUGCCCCAAGUCCCCGCCUACGACCUGAGGAGAGCCUAGAGCCUCCCGGGGCCAUGCAGGAAUUGCUUGGAGCUCUAGAGCCACUGCCACCAGGACCUGGGGACACUGGCGUGGGCCCUGCUAACUCAGAGGGAAAAGAUCCAGCGAGUGCCUAUCGAAGCCCCAGCCCACAAGGCACUAAGGCACCACGGUUUGUGCCGCUCACAUCCAUCUGCUUCCCUGACUCCUUGCUGCAGGAUGAGGAGCGCAGCUUCUUCCCCACCAUGGAGGAGAUGUUUGGUGGAGGGGCAGCAGAUGACUAUGGCAAAGCUGGGCCAACUGAGGAUGAAGGUGACCCCAAGACAGGUGCCGGGCCACCACCAGGUCCGCCUGCCUAUGACCCCUACGGGCCCUAUUGUCCCGCUCGGGCUUCGGGAGCUGGACCAGAGACUCCAGGCUUGGGCCUGGACCCCAACAAACCCCCUGAGCUCCCCUCCACGGUCAAUGCCGAGCCAUUGGGCCUGAUUCAGAGUGGGCCACACCAGGCGGCACCCCCUCCACCACCGCCACCACCACCACCUGCCUCUGAGCCUAAAGGUGGCCUGACCUCACCCAUCUUCUGCUCAACCAAGCCAAAGAAGCUGCUGAAAACAUCGUCCUUCCACCUGCUGCGGCGCCGAGAUCCUCCCUUCCAGACGCCCAAGAAGCUGUAUGCCCAGGAAUACGAGUUUGAGGCAGACGAGGAUAAAGCUGAUGUGCCCGCAGACAUCCGCCUCAACCCACGGCGCCUGCCUGACUUAGUGUCCAGCUGUCGCUCCCGGCCAGCCCUCUCACCACUCGGUGACAUAGACUUCUGCCCACCCAACCCGGGUCCUGAUGGCCCUCGACGUCGUGGUCGUAAGCCCACUAAGGCAAAGCGAGAUGGGCCUCCCCGGCCACGAGGAAGGCCUCGGAUCCGCCCACUGGAGGGCCCUACCACGGCAGGGCCAGCUUCAGCCUCCAUGACUGCUGAAGGGGCCAAGAAGCCGCGGGGCCGGGGCAGAGGCAGAGGCAGGAAGGCAGAGGAAAUGGGAGGCACUCGGUUGGAGCCCCUGAAGCCACUGAAGAUCAAGCUGUCUGUGCCCAAGGCUGGCGAGGGUCUGGGAGUCCCAUCUGGUGAUGCCAUUCCUGGCGCUGACCACAACAACCUAGACUCCAGCCUAACUCGGGAGAAAAUUGAGGCCAAGAUCAAGGAGGUGGAGGAGAAGCAGCCAGAAAUGAAGUCGGGCUUCAUGGCCUCCUUCCUGGACUUCCUCAAGUCAGGCAAACGCCACCCACCACUCUACCCAGCAGGCCUGACACCCCCACUCAGCCCACCCAAGAGUGUGCCAACCUCUAUGCCUGCCAGAGGCCUGCAACCCACGCCACCCACAGCACCCACUGUGCCACAUGCCCCGCCUGCUGGCCCUUUUGGCCUGGGAGGCGCACUGGAGGCUGCAGAGAGUGAGGGGCUGGGGCUGGGCUGCCCGUCGCCCUGCAAACGGCUGGAUGAGGAGCUGAAGCGGAACCUUGAGACACUGCCGUCUUUCUCCUCCGAUGAGGAAGACUCUGUAGCCAAGAACCGGGAUCUACAAGAGAGCAUCUCCUCGGCUAUCUCUGCCCUGGACGAUCCGCCUCUCGCAGGGCCCAAGGACACUUCCACCCCAGAAGGUCCACCUUUGGACACUGAAUCCGCAGUCCCAGGUCCACCCCCUCUCCCAAGCCUGCCCAGUACCAACAGCAGUGGCACACCAGAGCCCCCGUUGCUGGAGGAGAAGCCCCCACCCACCCCACCUCCUGCCCCAACACCUCAGCCUCCACCACCCCCUCCACCCCCGCCGCCGCCUCCUCCUCCUCCACCAGCCUUGCCAUCACCUCCCCCACUGGUGACUCCUGUGGCCAGCUCGCCACCACCACCUCAGCUACCACUGGCACCAGCUCUGCCCUCACCACCACCACCCCCACAGCCAGAAGUCCCACCAGCUGCCCCUCCCGAGGAGCCUGCUGCCCCAUCCCCCGAGGAUCCUGAGCCCCCAGAUGCCCGGCCCCUACACCUGGCCAAGAAGCAGGAAACGGCAGCAGUGUGCGGUGAAACUGAUGAGGAGGCUGGCGAGAGUGGUGGUGAGGGCAUCUUCCGAGAGCGGGACGAGUUUGUAAUCCGCGCAGAGGACAUCCCCUCCCUCAAGCUGGCGUUGCAGACUGGUCGUGAGCCCCCACCCAUCUGGCGAGUCCAGAAGGCCCUUCUGCAGAAAUUCACUCCAGAGAUCAAGGAUGGCCAGAGGCAGUUUUGUGCCACCAGUAAUUAUUUGGGGUAUUUUGGGGAUGCAAAAAACCGGUACCAGCGCCUGUAUGUAAAGUUCCUGGAGAAUGUCAACAAGAAGGAUUAUGUGAGGGUGUGCGCCCGGAAACCUUGGCACCGGCCCCCAGUGCCAGUCAGGCGCUCUGGGCAGGCCAAAGGCCCUACCUCUGUAGGAAGUAGCUCUGCGCCUCCUCCCAAGACCCCUGUUCCACCUCCCAAGCCUGAGACUCCUGAGAAAGUAACAUUGGAGAAGCCCCCGGAGCAGACCCCAGAGCCUGCUGUGCCCGAACCCCCUGCCCCCGAGAAGCCAUCCCCAUCCCGGCCAGUGGAGAAGGAAAAGGAGAAGGAGAGGGUGACUCGAGCCAGUGAGCGCCCCUUGCGGGGCGACCGAGCCACCAGUGGGCGGCAGAUGCGGCCUGAGAGGAACCUGACUACGGGACAGCCUGCCACGUCCCGAGUGCCCAAAGCCAGGCCCACAAAAGUGAAGGCCGAGCCCCCUCCAAAGAAGAGGAAGAAGUGGCUGAAGGAGGCUGUGGGCAAUGCUUCAACAGGUGGAGGCCCUGCUGGCACCUCCUCAGACUCUGAGUCCUCCCCUGGAGCUCCCAGUGAGGACGAGCGGGCAAUUCCUGGGCGUCUGCUGAAGACGCGGGCCAUGAGAGAGAUGUACCGGAGCUAUGUGGAGAUGUUGGUGAGCACAGCGCUGGACCCUGACAUGAUCCAGGCCCUGGAAGACACACACGACGAACUGUACCUCCCUCCUAUGCGGAAGAUUGACGGCCUCCUAAACGAGCACAAGAAGAAGGUCUUGAAGCGGCUGUCCCUGAGCCCAGCCCUACAGGAUGCUCUGCACACGUUCCCACAGCUGCAAGUGGAGCAGACGGCAGAGGGCUCCCCUGAGGAGGGGGCAGUGCGGCUUCGGCCAGCUGGGGAGCCCUACAACCGCAAGACGCUCAGCAAGCUCAAGAGGAGCGUGGUACGAGCCCAGGAGUUCAAGGUGGAGCUGGAGAAGUCAGGGUACUACACCCUCUACCACUCUCUGCACCACUACAAGUACCACACCUUCCUGCGCUGCCGCGACCAGACCCUGGCCAUCGAGGGUGGCGCCGAGGACCUGGGCCAGGAAGAAGUGGUCCAGCAGUGCAUGCGGAACCAGCCAUGGCUGGAGCAGCUCUUUGAUUCCUUCAGCGACCUGCUGGCCCAAGCACAGGCCCACAGCCGCUGCGGGUGACUGUGCCCUGCCUACUGGGGGAUGCCUCCUCCGCGAACCGAGAAUUGGGACAGAACUGUGUCCUCAGGAGCUCACGCCCCCUCUCCACCUCCAGUUGCUCCUGGAGGGAAAGGGAUGGUCCUUGACCAGGGGGUGUCCACACUGUGUCCCCAGGGCAGGGUUCAACCACCACCUCUCCGAGCUCUCUAUUCCCUCCCACCCUGCCCCUGUUCGGUGUACAGAGAAAUUAUUUAUAUAUAUGUAUAAAUGUCAAUUUAGAAACUUGCCCUGUCCCCUACCCCAGCCCCCCUCUCCACGGCCAUCGCUCCUGCCCCUCCACUGUGUACAUAAUGUAUAGGAAAAUUCUAUGUAUGGUUGAGGGAUGCAGGGCAGCUUCAGGGAGCUGGGGUUCCCCUCUCUCCUGCCAAGCUCUCCUCCCCAGGCCAACAUCUUUGAUAAAGGCCACUCCCCAGGGCAUUCGGCGUUGGGUGGGAGGGGCCAAACACAUCUUAAUUAUUUUUACUCUUAUUUAUUGUACAUACCAGGGGCAGGGCAGUGGGGGAGAGGGAGGGAGAAAGCUCCCCUCCUUCUGCCCCUUUCACUCCUUUUCUACAGCGAUUCGUCUGUGUUUGUCCUCCCAGCCCCUGGUUCCUUCCCCAUCGUCUUCUGGAUGUGGUUCUAUUUUUUAAUCAGUCCCCCCCUUCCCACUCCUCCCUUCUGUGCCGUCCCCUCGUUUCCAGUUGUCUCUGGCUCCUCCUUGGGUUCCAUACAACUCCCCUUGUAUACACUGUGUACACACGACCAGCCAAACAAAACCCAACAGCAACACUUUACCAGCAGGCUGCAGUCCUCUGUCCCGCGGCGUAGGGGUGGGCCUGGGCCGGGGCUGCAGGAACAGAGCCCAUGAAGGUAGACACCCUGAGGUGAGGGUGUGUUCAACCCUGAAAUUUAAUGACCUCAAACAGCAAACACCAAUUUUGUGGGUUUCUGAGGGUCAAGAGAUUGGGGUUGUGGUGCCAGCUUGGAGUCUGUCACAAGGGAAAAUAUUGGGCUGGGCAGUAGCUGUCCAAGUUUUGAGGCCUCAUGGCCUCCAUGCAAGGUGAUUCUCAGUUUCCUGCUGUGUGUCUUCACCAUGGAGUUCAUUUGAGUAUCCUUAAAAUAUGGUGGGUGAUGUUUCCUAGAGCCAGGGUUCUGGCAGUGAGUGAGGAGGCCUCUUUUCAUCAUAAGGAAGGCAUUCAUUCAGUUCAUGGAAAGGGGAAUUAAACUCCACUUUUUGUCUUUUG